UAUUUCUUGUUCCCACCAUUGACUCUCUGCUUAUCAGCGGUACCUGUUAAGGUAUCCGGACACUCGAUAAGUGUACGUUAAGUACAUCGCACAUGACCACCGAAGAGGUGCAUGCUUUUACGUUCGCCUAGUACAUCCCGUCUUCACAGAAAGAAGGAACUGCAUGUGCACGUGUGAAGCAGGCUCACGGUUUGAUAAAUUGUUGUGUUUUCUGUUUUUGUUGGAAAAGUAUAAUUGGCUCUAACAGUCAUGGAUAUCCAGGAUGCUAUUAAAAAAGACAGGAAAUCUACCCCUAUUCAGUCUUUCUACGAGAAUGCCAAUAUAUUCAUCACAGGUGGCACUGGUUUCUUGGGACGUUUGUUAAUAGAAAAGCUAUUGAGAUCUUGCCCGGACAUAACAACCAUCUAUAUGUUGGUGAGAAAUAAGAAGGGAAAAAAUUUGGAAACUAGAGUCGACGAACUGUUCGAAGAUAUAAUCUUUGAUGAGUUGAAGAAAGCCAAUCCGAAGUUCAGACACAAGGUGGUGCCCAUAGAAGGAGACUGUUGCCUUCCGGAGCUUGGUAUCAGCGAGCAAGAUCAGCAGACUCUCAUACAAAAGGUCAACAUAGUGUUCCAUGCUGCUGCAACAGUACGAUUCGACGAAAAGAUAGGUACUGCAGUAUCGAUAAACGUAAAAGCUCCUCUUUAUCUGGUGAAGUUGGCCAAGCAAAUACAUAACCUGAAAUGUUUCAUGCAUAUAUCUACUGCCUAUAGUAAUUGCGUUCGAAACUUAAUUGAAGAAAAAAUCUACCCACCUCCAAUGGAUACUGAAGAAUUAAUUCGAAUUACCGAAAACAUAUCAGAGAAAACCUUAAACAGCAUGACAGAAAAGAUUCUUGGUAAAUGGCCAAACACAUAUGCUUUCACUAAGGCAGUAGCUGAAAACAUCGUAUCAGAAAAUGGUAAAGGAAUGCCGGUUGCUAUAUUCAGACCAUCUAUCAUUGUCUCAACUUACAAAGAACCAAUACCCGCCUGGAUAAACAAUAUCUAUGGUCCUACGGGAAUUUGUGCCGCAGCUGGAACUGGGAUUUUGAGGACAUUACAUUGUGACUCCUCAGUUAAUGGUAAUAUAGUUCCUGUAGAUAUGUGUGUCAAUUCCCUGAUAUCAAUUGCUUGGGAGGUGGGUACGAAUUUCCAGAAGAACAAAGAAGAUGCUUUGAAACAAGAAGUGCCUGUCUACCAUUACGAGUCAAGUACCGAUAGACCCAUAACAUGGGGUCAAUACAUGGACUUGAAUGCUAUUCAUGGACAAAAGUAUCCCUCAACUAGGGCGAUGUGGUUUUACACUUUGACCCUAUGGAAAUACAAAUAUAUGUACAUUGUGUCAAAAAUUUUCCUACAUCUUCUACCUGCCCUUCUCAUCGAUUUAUUUUUUCUAAUCAUAGGAAGACAACCAAUGAUGUUGAAAAUCUAUAAGAAAAUCCAUAAAUUCUCAUCAGUACUCUCAUAUUUCACAACCAGGAACUUCAAAUUUGAAUCCAAAAGGGUGCGAAAUAUGUUGGCCAACAUGACUGCCGAAGAUAAGCAGAUAUUUUUCUGUGAUCUCAAAGAAUUGAACUGGGAGGUUUUCUUCACAAUUUAUAUAAAAGGUUUGCGGGUGUAUUUAUUACAGGAUGAUCUCUCAACACUAGAUCGAGCUAAAGUUAUGUGGAACAGGUUCCGUUGGUUGCAUAGAAUACUCAAACUAGUUAGUACUCUAUUCGUCCUCAGGAUAUCAUAUUAUUUACUUUUCAGUCUGUCUGGUAUUAUGUUCACAUAAUUGUUAUUUGUUUUUAUUAUUGUACACUGUGUUUAUAUUUGAUGUAUUUUUCUUUAACAUAUUUAUUUUAUCCUUU